AUGGCGAUAGCCAGCUGCCGUGCUCGAGUGGCUUGGGCCGACUGUGCACGAGUAGCGAGUUCGCCCCUGCUGCAACAGCACUUAGCAGACGCCCGGCCCUGGGGUGGACCUUCGGGUUGUGUUCCCCACUUGGGCUUCGGCUGGCUGGACCGCCAGCCCCCUCACCAGUCUGCUGACGGCACAGGCCCUCUGCUUUCAGCGGCCGUGCUGACGCUGCGGGCUGUGUUCCCCUGGCACAUUGCCCACGGUUCACCGGCUUACGCUCCAGCAGCACUGGUUCCCUGUCUGGCAUUGCCCACUUCUUGCUGGGUUGUGUGUCCAGUAGGGUCCCCACUCAGUUGCUCGGCAGAGGGCGAGGACAGUCUGAAGAAGAUGCAGCUGAUGGAGUUGGCCAUCCUGAACGGGACGUACAGAGACGCCAGCAUCAAAACCUCAUCCCUCGCCUUUUCUUUCGCAGCAUCUAGCGUCUCGCAACAGGCUUCUCGUGUCCUCUCAGGCCCCGCCCCCGUACUGGCACCGCCCACUGCCCUGCGUACACCUGCCCCCACAGGCCCCACUCUCAUGCCUCUGAUUCGGCAGAUCCAGACAGUGUUGCCCAAUGGAACACCGGCACUGAUGGCAGGGGUGGGGCCUGAGUCUGGCCUGAUCUACACGACGCCAUACGAUUACCCGUACACUCUGGCGGCACCAGCGUCCAUCUUGGAGUACCCGCUGGACUCUGGGGGGAUGUUGGGUAAGCCCGCCCCCCCCUGUUCCUGUGAAUGCUCUCCCACCCCUCACCACCACACUCAUGGCCAGUGGAGCCCUGCCCCUACACUGGUCCUCCGACAUGCCUCCUGAGAGACAAAACAAACAAACGAUCAAACAAACACACACACGGCCUUGUGCCUCCUGCUGGACGGAUGAGGUCAUCAUUGCUCCAUCAUUAUCUGCCGUUUGAUUGGCUGAAAAUGUUUGAACUGACUUCUAGCACUGAUGUCAUGUGACCACAGCUUCCUGCAUUGAAAACACGCCUGUGAACUGAAAACACGCCUCCACUUGCAGACGCUUUCAGGUCGAUGCAAACACGCCGAUUUUUGGAGAGGAAGUAAAAGUUGAUUCAAGUGAUUUAAAAAUUUGUAAUCUUCAGGAAAUAAAAUUUCAGAGAAAAGUAUUAGAAAGGUUUAAAUAUCAGAAUAAUGAGGACUUUGGUAUUGUGAGAGGAAGAGCUAAAUUUACACAUUCAAGCAUGAAAUAUUACUUUGGCCUUUAUGAGCCACAGUGACCAAUCAAAGUAAGGCACUCAAAGGGGUGUCACCUUUGUGAUGAUGUCUCAGUUCAGUCUCGUCCUGAAAGCCUCUCAGAUCUCAUCUGGAGUGAAAUUGUCUCCCGGUGUGUGCCUUAAUGCAAGUUUCUUAUUGUUUUCAUCACUGACCAACGAUGAUGUCAUGACGUACCUGUUCUGUCACGAUGGACAGGUCUGUCCCUGUCCUCCAAGGGCUGAUGGAGCUAAACUUCUGCCUAGCCCCGCCCUUCUGGCUGCACGCCUACCUUUCCCACGCCACAGAUUCACUUUGAUCUGAAGCUAUGUUUGUUACAGCCAUAAUGCAAACACACCUGAAAGGAAGGGUCAGAGCUUUAAAAAUGAAAUGAUUGAUAAAACCGUGCUUUAACCAAACACAGACA